AUGCAGGAUUACUUAUUGAGACAACUGAUAGAACAUCAGAAAAUGGAUGAAAAGGAAAAAGGUGAACAAAUGGCCUAUUUGGAAACGAAAGGACAUGAGACAGAAAGAUUGAGAACGGAAAGUGAUGUAUGGAUAGAAAACGAAAUGUUAAAUAACAAGGAGAAAGAAGAAUUUGGAAAACAGGAAAUACAACAAAUGAAAGAAUUUGAAAAAAAGUAUGAGAUAAAAAACUUGAGAAUAGAAAGUGAUAAUAGGCGAGUACAAGAGAUGGUAUAUGAAUAUGACUUGGAGAAAAUCGAAUGUGAAUUACAGGAUACAGAGGAACAAAUGAAGGAAUUGGAAAUAAAAGGACACGAGGAAGAAAACUUAAGCAUAGAAUGUUAUGAAAGGAACGGACAGAAUGUGGAAAAACAAAUGGUAAAUGAAUAUGAAAUGGAGAGAGGCUUAUGGGAAGACCAGGAAACAGUGAAACAAAUAAAAAAACUGGAAACAAAAGAACACAGAAUAGAGAAGCAGGAAAGAAAACAACAGAUAGAAAGCCUAAUAAUAGAAAACGAUGAAAAAAAAGGACUGAAGAUAAAACGACCUAGACUAGAAAAGACUAUGUUAGAAGAAGAGACCAAAAAUGAACAAAAUGAGAAGGCAAAUAAAGCCGAAAGUUUACAAUACAUCUUGGUAAAGUUUCAAAGUACCAAAAAUACGUAUAAGUAUUACUGCGGCCUGAUUAGGAAAAUAUCCGAAUGUGAAGGUGUUUUCGCGAAAUUCAUGAGAUAUAAAAAAGGUGGGUUUUACUGGUCCACAGUAUCCGAUACAAGUAUUGUAUUCAAAAAUGAUAUACUUAGUGCAAAUUUUACCCAACCCCUAUAA